AUGGAAACUAAUGGUAGCAAUUCUAAUUUCCAAGAAAAGCAACCUUCAGAUGCUUCAAAUAUUGUUGGUAGGGAGAAGCGUACUGAGAAAGAAGUCUUUAUUAAUCACGCUGAGAUAGCUUGGCAUGAGAGGAGAAGAGAAUGGGUUGGUGAUGAGUCUCAGAAAUUGAGAAGAGCGCCAAGAGAACCAAUUAUGAGCUGGACCACAACGUAUGAGGAUCUUCUUUUAUCUACUGAACCUUUUCAGGAGUCCAUACCUUUAGCUGAGAUGGUGGAUUUUUUAGUUGACAUCUGGCAUGAAGAAGGCCUUUAUGACUAA